UUCUCUUGAUCUCUUCUCUUCCUUCACCUCCCAUAAAUUAGAAACAGAACGGAGCUUCAGCCGUCGCUUACUCGCUAUCGCUGCCAGCUUUAAACCAAAUCAAAGAAAACAAGUGACCGGCCAUGGCGUUCAACAACGGUCUCAGAUCCGUCGCGAAGCAGCUUCUCGCUACCUCCGAAUCUUCUCUAUUGUCCAAAUCAGGGACUAGAGGUUUCCACUCAACUGGAGUGAAAAGGAUGGGUGAAGGACAUGCACAUGGCCAUGAUGAGGCUUACUACUUACACGCCAAACACAUGUACAACUUGGACAGGAUGAAGUACCAGAAAGUGAAGAUGCCUCUUGCCGUCUUCACUGCCUUUAGCAUUGGUGUUGCUGUUCCCGUUUAUGCAGUUAUUUUUCAGCAAAAGAAGACUGCAUCUGGUUAGCUUCUCAUAAAAUGCUGUGUCAUCUGCAAUAAUAGGGGUGGCUUUCGGAUUCCUUUCUAGUAGAAUAUUUUGUGGAUUUGAGCGGUUUGCGGCUCCCAUACAUUUUGGUGUUCUUACUCUUUGCAUUUGAUUGAACUAAGUUUCCAAAUCCGCGACAGUCAAUAAGAUAUUGUUUAAUGAUGGCUUCAGACUAUAUGCUCUUCUAAAGGUAUAGCAUCAACAUCCCGUGGAUUUGAGAUGCCUCUUGUGCACAUCAUUUUUCGCAGUGACAAAAUUACAUUCUUUUUUUUUUUAGACUGCUCGAUAGUAAAAUUUCUUUAUGCUUUCUUUU